AUGAGGCCUGAGAACCAGAGCCAUGUGUCUGAGUUCCUCCUCCUGGGGCUCCCCAUCUGGCCAGAGCAACAGGGUGUGUUCUUUGCCCUGUUCCUAGGCAUGUACCUGACCACGGUGCUGGGCAACCUGCUCAUCAUCCUGCUCAUCAGGCUGGACCCUCACCUCCACACCCCCAUGUACUUCUUCCUCAGCCACUUGGCCCUCACUGAUGUCUCCUUUUCAUCUGUCACUGUCCCUAAGAUGCUGAUAAACAUGCAAACCCAGGAUCAAUCCAUCCCCUAUGCAGGGUGCAUAACACAGAUGUAUUUUUUCCUCCUUUUUGGCUGCAUCGAUAACCUUCUUCUUGUAGUGAUGGCUUAUGACAGGUACGUGGCCAUCUGUCACCCUCUCCACUACACCACCAUCAUGAGCAGGGGGCUGUGUGUGUUUCUGCUGGCUGGAUCCUGGCUCCUCUCUUGUGUCAGUGCCCUGUCCCACACCAUCCUCCUGGCUCAGCUGUCCUUCUGUGCGGAGAACAUCAUCCCACAUUUCUUCUGUGACCUUGCUGCCCUGCUCAAGCUCUCCUGCUCAGACACCUCUCUCAAUGAGCUGCUUAUAUUCACUGUAGGGACUGCAGUUGUCAUUCUCCCACUGAGUGGCAUCCUGGUCUCUUAUGGCCUCAUUGGGGUCUCCAUCCUGAGGAUCCCUUCUACCAAGGGGAUCUGCAAAGCCCUGUCCACCUGUGGCUCCCACCUCUUUGUGGUGUCUCUAUUCUAUGGAACCAUUAUGGCACUGUACUUUUCCACCUCAUCAGGCAAGUCCAAGGACAAAGACAUGAUUGCCUCACUGAUGUACACAGUGGUGGCCCCCAUGCUGAACCCCUUCAUCUACAGCCUAAGGAACAGAGACAUGAAAUUGGCUCUGGGAAUUCUUUUCAGAAGCAAUAACCUUCUCAUCAAGUGA